AUGUUCUCCAAAAUCUUUUCCCUCACCACUUUGGUGGCCGCUGCCUCUGCCUACACGGUUUUGACUCCAACCCUCAACUCUACCGUCCCAAAGGGUCAAGCCACUAGUGUUACUUGGUCUUCCGUCGACACAGAUGCAUCUACAUUCUCCAUCUACCUCGUCAACUUCAAAGAUUGGCCACCUACCGUCAUAUCCCUCGCUCAGAAUGUUCCACAAUCCGAGUCGAGCGUCGAUGUUACCAUUCCCUGUGAUGUAAGCAGUGAUUACGGAUGGCAAAUCAAUUUCAUCAACGGAACCAACACCUACGUGAUCUACGCUCAAUCUAACAAAUUCUCUCUCUCGGGAUCAUGCGUUGAUCCAACCACCUCUUCCUACGUCUCCGUCACCACAACCACUGCCUAUGCAACCAAAAACUCAACCGUUACUGCUUACAAUAACUUUACCGCGACUGCUUACCCUGCCACUGCCACCACAACCGCCAUUUCCAAAGUUAUCGAAACUGUAACUUUCACAAGCCCAAUGGUUUGGUUCGUUCAACCUACUUCUACUGGCGCUAUGUGUGCACCACAAAAGACGAAUACUGUUACAUACUACGCUAAUGGUCCAACUCCAACUGUUACUGUCUACGCUAGUCAACCAACCUCAACCUCAACCGUUACUGUCUACGCUAGUGGAUCUGUUCCAGGUUCUUCAUCUGGUUCUGGUUCUGGUUCUUCAACUCCGGGUUCUUCGUCUGGUUCAGGUUCUAGUUUAUCAACUCCAGGCUCUUCGUCUGGUUCAUCUACUCCAGGCUCUUCAUCUGGCUCAUCAACCCCAGGCUCUUCGUCUGGUUCGGGUUCUAGCUCGUCGACCCCAGGUUCCUCAUCUGGCUCAUCAACCCCAGGCUCUUCGUCUGGUUCGGGCUCUAGCUCGUCGACCCCAGGUUCUUCAUCUGGUUCAUCAACCCCAGGCUCUUCUUCUGGUUCGGGCUCUAGCUCGUCGACCCCAGGUUCUUCAUCUGGUUCAUCUACUCCAGGUUCUUCAUCUGGCUCAUCAACCCCAGGUUCUUCAUCUGGCUCAUCAACCCCAGGUUCUUCAUCUGGCUCAUCGACUCCAGGUUCUAGUUCGUCAACUCCAGGUUCUAGUUCGUCAACUCCAGGUUCUAGUUCGUCAACUCCAGGUUCUAGUUCGUCAACUCCAGGUUCUAGUUCGUCAACCCCAGGCUCUUCGUCUGGUUCGGGUUCUAGCUCCUCGACUCCAGGUUCCUCAUCUGGCUCUGGUUCAUCUACUCCAAAUUCCUCAUCUGGUUCAUCAACCCCAGGCUCUUCAUCUGGUUCAUCUACUCCAGGCUCUUCAUCCAGCUCCGGUUCUUCUUCAUCUGUCCCAGGUACUUCCUCUGGUUCAGGUUCUAGCUCAUCUGUUCCAGGUACUUCAUCUGGUUCAGGCUCAAGCUCGUCCGUCCCCGGUUCUUCAUCCGGCUCAGGUACCCCUUCAACAGGAACUUACAGCGGUAACUCUACCAACCCUGCCUCACCAUCCGGUACCGGUGCAACCUCAACAAGUACAUCUACCCUCCCUGUCUUCACUGGUGCUGCCACCUCAGUUCAAGCAGGCAAUAUGCUCGUACUUAUUGCUGGUGCCGCUGCAUUCUUGUUCAAAAAACCUACACUACCUACCAUUCCAUGA